CUCUCACAGUCACACAGAUGGAGAGACAUAUACAGACAGAGCAGCUCAGGCAGCAGCCCUGAACCCUGGAGUUACUACACAGUUACGCUGUUAUUCCCUACACACAGACAGGAAAGAGAAAAAGAGGGUGAAAGAGGGGGAUAGUGCUCAUCUACUGGAAAGGAGGGGCAGGGGAGAGUACUUUUCUGUACUUUUCCCAGAAACACGUGGAUGGAACUCACAGGCUGACCUUAUGAUGUGGGUCGCUCUUUGAUCAGACUGUGUGGACACGGGUAGCAAAACAGUGAUGACUCAGAGAGCGGAGGAGAUUAAAUUGAACGAAAUACCAACAUUUCUCAAAGGAGCCCAUGUCUCCAGUUGGGUCAAUAUGAUGGAACUCAUGCACUCCCAAAUCAUUUGGAAUAAUUGUGAAAGUAGAAGCCUCUCAAAGGCAACUACCUAUUGGACUUGACAAAAAGACAGGGUGAGGGCAGGAAGGUUCGCAGAAUGUUUAUGAAUUUCAGAAGGAUCAGAAGAUGUCAACGUGUGCAGCUGGUGACGACAGGCUUUGUCCUGUCUGUGUUGAUGGUGUGCUGGGUGCAGCUGGACCACCAUGUGGAGAACCGUUACUUGGUCAACAACUUUGACUUCAUCAACAAGAGCUUUGGCAUCAGCCAGCAGGAGUCGGAAAGCCUGAGCAACUUCCUGUACCUCAUCAACCACCAUGACAAGUGUAACAGCAAUGAAGUGCUGCUGCUGCUGUUUGUCAAAUCUUCCCCAGAGAACCUGGAGAGGAGGCAGGCCAUCCGGGCCACCUGGGGGAAUGAGAACUACAUCCAAAGGGAGCUGGGGGCCAACGUGAGGGUGCUGUUUGCCCUGGGGGUCUACUCCAACCCCCAGCAGAGGGGCAGUGUGCAGAGAGGGCUGCUGGGGGAGGACCAGGUCUAUGGGGACCUGGUCCAGCAGGACUUUGUGGACACCUUUCACAACCUCACCAUCAAACUGCUACUGCAGUUCCGCUGGAGACACACCUACUGCAGCAAAGCACGCUUCCUCAUGUCAGCCGACGAUGACAUCUUUGUCCACAUGCCUAACCUGGUGCACUACCUGCAGGGCCUGAUCCAGCAGGGGGCUCGGGACCUCUGGGUGGGCCACGUGCACAGGGGAGCCCCCCCUAUCCGCCAGAAGGACAGCAAGUACCACGUACCUUAUGAGAUGUACCAGUGGCCCUCCUACCCAGACUACACCGCGGGGGCAGGGUAUGUAGUCUCAAGGGACGUGGCUGCCAAAAUCUACCAGGCAACUCUGUUCCUCAAUGCCUCGCUGUACAUUGACGAUGUGUUCAUGGGCAUCUGUGCCAACGCCAUGGGGGUGUCUCCCCAGGAACAUGUUUACUUUUCAGGGGAAGGGAAGGCCCCCUAUCACCCCUGCAUCUAUGAUAAGAUGAUCACCUCUCACGGACAUGUGGCAGACGUCCGGCGCCUGUGGAAGGCAGCUAUGGACCCACAGAUUCAUGACAUUUCCUCUGGCCAGGUGGGAAAGCUGUACUGCACAGCAGUGAAAAUCAUGCUCCUCUGUAAACCUUACUAUUUAAAUACCUACCCAUGCAAGGCAGCCUUUUCAUAGUGUACUGUUAGGCUGCACAGAAUGUCACUGCAGUCUUUUUCAUUUAUAUUUCAGGGUCUGCAGCUGGUAUCAUCUUCAAAAUAAAGACCAAAGCCAUGUUCUUGACCAUAUAUUCACCACACCUGCCUUGGCUUGAUGGAUACUGCAGUUGUACUUUGUGGUUCAGCUAAUUGUGUGAUGUAAACAGAACUACCAUUCCAGUGUUUUACUUGCUAUAUUGUAUUUACUUUGCCACCAUGGCCUUUUUUGCCUUUACCUCCCUUCUCACCUAAUUUGCUCACAUUGUAUAUAGACUUUUUUUUUUUUUUAAUUUUAAACUUUAUUAUUGACUGUAUGUUUGUUUUACUCCAUGUGUAACUCUGUGUCGUUGUAUGUGUCGAACUGCUUUGCUUUAUCUUGGCCAGGUCGCAAUUGUAAAUGAGAACUUGUUCUCAACUUGCUUACCUGGUUAAAUAAAGGUGAAAUAAAUAAAAUAAAUAAACAGAGCUAAUGUUCUUGGCUGCAGUCAAUAAGUCAAAAGUGAAAAAUCCUUCAAAUUAAAUUUUGCUAGCAGACAGUGUUUUUAUUGAGUUACCAUUGCUCAUUAUCUGUAUCAUACACAUUUUAUAAUCCCUCUUCUCUCUUUAGAGCUAACUCCAUUUCUUCCCCCAUUCCCCUGUUUCACUUCUCCUAAAAUAUCAGGCUGAAAACCAGGAGCAGACACUGGCAUUUCCCAAAACAAUCUGCUUCAAACCACAUCCUGCUCACUAAAUCAUUCCAUAUGAACUCUGCUCCCCCAUCUCUCCCGUCUUUGUCUGGGUCCCCCAAAAAGGCAACAUGCAGUAUUUAGUGACACUGCAGACAGGAAUUCACUGGCACCGGAGGGAGGAGUGAAGCUAGAUUUCGAUUCAGUAUGGAUCUCUAGGGGCCCUAGCCUACUGUACCAUGCAUCAGGGACUUAGGGCAAAUAAACAGUGGUUCUCCAUUGUGGUUGAAUGAAAAAUGCAGAAUGUGACGAAAUCCACUGUGGGAUGGAAAAACUCAAUCUCUCAACCUUAUAUGGAAUUAAUUUACUUCUUGCAAUUUUAUCCGGUACUACUUUAUGCUUUAAGAGAUUCUGCCAGUGAUGGGAAAUCAAAAUCAACCAGGACGUUGCUAUUCAUGUGUUUUUGAAAUCUAUUGUGUACAAAAAAAGCCCCCUUAUGCAAAAAUACCCAGAACUGUUACGGGACAUUUUAGCAUAUCAGGUGACAUACAGUAUGUACAGUAGCUGUUGUAUGUUUCAAAUACACAUGACCUACAUUGAUGCCUGUGCUUAUCAGAAGAGGGGAAUGCAUGUGUCAUUCACUUCCUGUGUCAGAUGAGUCAGAGAUUGAACUGCCUAUUGCAUCUGUACAAUUUAACAAACCCCUAACAGUUACAGUAAAGACGUUGCAAAUAAUGUUUUCAAAAUUCGGAAUAAAAGGACGAGUAUGUUCCAUAUCAGGAGGCAUUGUGCAGGCUGAUAUUAGAACAGGAGACAUUCCACAAGCAGGUGUGUGGUCACCUGGUGCUAACAGUCAGCUGGGAGGCUCUGCCUUAAGUCUCUCUUCAUCUCUACAAAUCCUCUCUUCAGACAGCUAUAGUGUGUGUGCUAUGCUCUCCUAAACUCUCCUUUCAAUUGUCACUUUCUGUCUGUGACUUCUCUCAAAGUGCCUUAAAACAAGCUAAUGGUUGAGGAAAUUGACUUUCACCCAUAGGAGGAAAAAGCUGUGCCAAAGGGAACUUGGAUUCAUACACUGGGUACCUUACAUCCAGCAGGGCUUAAUGAUGAUUUUGACAUGUGGGUCAUGUUUCAAUCUGAUUUACACGAUCCCUGGCUAUGUGGUUAUUGUAAUUUAUGACAGUUCUUUAAUCCGUUACCCCCUUACUAUACUGAACAAAAACAAACGCAAUAUGUAAAGUGUUGGUCCCAUGUUUCAUGAGCUGAAAUAAAAUAUCUCCAACAUUUUCUA